ACACGUGCCCCCCCCCCCGACGUCUCCUUCGUUGCUGGGUCCCUACCGGGGACAUGCUGCCGCCGUUUGCCUCCAGGCUGCUGGGGCGCCCCGGGGCGGGGAAACUCUGGCUUCUGCACGUCUCCUGGCCUCGCAGCUACUGCUCGCGCCCCGUCGCCGCCCGCGAUGGGGACAGCGACGCCGACGGUGACUCGCGCGUCUUCUUCACGACGCCCAUUUUCUACGUGAACGCGGCGCCGCACAUCGGACACCUGUACUCAGCGCUGCUGGCGGACGCCCUGUGCCGCCACCGGCGCCUCCGCGUCGUGGGCGACGCGACCACGCGCUUCUCCACCGGCACAGACGAGCACGGCCUCAAGAUCCAGCAGGCGGCGGCCGCCGCGGGCCUGGCGCCUGCCGAGCUGUGCGACCGCGUCUCGGCCCAGUUCCGGCAGCUGUUCCGACGGGCGGGCGUGGCGUCCACCGCUUUCGUGCGCACCACAGAACCCCGGCACCGCGCGGCGGUGCAGCACUUCUGGGCGGCGCUGAGCGCCCGCGGGCUGCUCCGCAAGGGGCUGUACGAGGGCUGGUACUGCGCGUCAGACGAGUGCUUCCUGCCGGAGGCCAAGGUCGGCCGGCAGCGAGGCCCGGAGGGGGCCCCGAGCACCGUGUCCCUGGAGAGCGGCCACCCGGUGGUCUGGACCCGGGAGGAGAACUACCUGUUCCCGCUGUCCCAGUUCCGCGAGCAGCUGCGCCGCUGGCUGGAUCGCGAGCCGGGCGCCAUCGUCCCCGCGCCCUUCCGCCAGGCGGCGCUCGAGUGGCUGGACGAGGAGCUGCCGGACCUGUCGGUGUCCCGCCGGCGCAGCCUGCUGCCCUGGGGCGUGCCGGUGCCGGGCGAUGACUCGCAGACGGUGUACGUGUGGCUGGACGCCCUGGUGAGCUACCUGACCGCGCUGGGCUACCCGGAGCCGGGCUUCCAGGCAUGGUGGACGGGAAGCUGCCACGUUAUCGGUAAGGACAUUCUCCGCUUCCACGCCAUCUACUGGCCCGCGCUGCUGCUGGGGGCCGGCCUGCGCCCGCCGCGCCGCAUCCUCGUGCAUUCGCACUGGACGGUGCGCGGCCGGAAGAUGUCCAAGAGCCUGGGCAACGUGGUGGACCCCGGCGCCUGCCUGGACCGCUACACGGUGGACGGCUUCCGCUACUUCCUGCUGCGGCAGGGCGUCCCCGCCUGGGACUGCGACUACUCGGACACCAAGGUGGUGAAGCUGCUGGACGCCGAGCUGGCCGAUGCGCUCGGCGGCCUCCUGAGCCGCUGCACCGCAGCCAGCAUCAACCCGUCGGGCACCUACCCGACCUUCGGCGCCACCUGCUUCUCUGCGCGCGCCGGGCCGGAGGACUACGAGCUGCUGCGGGCGGUGGCCGCCCUGCCCGGCCAGGUGGCGAGCCACUACGAGAGCUUCCAGGUGUACAAGGCGCUGGAGGCGGUGUCUGGCUGUGUGCGGCAGACGAAUGGCUUCGUGCAGAGGCACGCGCCCUGGAAGCUGAGCCGGGAUGACCCAGCCGACGCCGCCUGGCUGGGCACGGUGCUGCACGUGGCCCUGGAGUGCUUGCGCGUGUUCGGGACUCUGCUCCAGCCCGUGACCCCGAGUCUCGCCGACAGGCUGCUGUCCAGGCUGGGCGUCGGGGCCACGGAGAGGGGCCUUGCAGAGCUUGACUUCCUGCCACAGUUCUACGGACAUCCGAGCCCCUUCGAAGGGAGAAGGCUGGGGUCCGAGACCGGGCUCUUCUUCCCAAGACUGGACCAGUCCAGGGCCAAGCAGGUGAAAGCCCACCGGACCUAGACCUGUGGUUCUGGUUGACUCGUGGUGAUGGGGAAGGGAAGAAAGAGCACUCUAGGAAUCUCAAACUGAACUUGAGGAUCUCUAAGACUCCAUAGAAGAAAACAGAAAAUGUUACAGUAUCAACUCACAAUGACUACAGUACAGUAAGCCAUCUUACCUCAUAGGUAUUUGGACAGUUAGGCCAAAGUUUACAAUGAGAAUUUGCCUGGAAGUACUCCCAAGCAGAGGCUCACUAUAAAGUAAAACACUGUUGGUGGUGUUUGCCCAAGUUUAUUCUAAGUGCUACUGUUUAGUUCCAGCAUCUGUUUAUUAAUCAGUGUGGUGAGUGAUUUCUGGUUGCUAGGAAACAUGAUUUAGAAAAGAAUGCCUGUAGGUAUUCUAGAGGUAGGAGGACUAUUUCUAUAAAUAUUUCUUAGACUCCUUUUUCACCAGAAUGGAAUCCUGGUUUCUCCAUAUGACACAUUUGUUAUCUGCUGGGAUUGCAGGCCAUGUAACUGUGGCCUAGGGUCUCUAUUCCCCUCCUCUAUUUCUGUCUCUAUCCAAACGAGAAAAAUGGCUGCCAGUAGUGGUAGAUUUUUUUUUUUUUCCUACUAGUUCAGAAAACUGGGAGGGUUUAGUUUUUGAAGAAAGCUUUGCAACUUAUGCAAAACUAAGGCAGUAUAAUAUUUUAGUACAAUACAUCUGACCCUAGGAAUUUUGGAUAGGAAUAGAGGUUAUUACCAAAAGGACCAGAACAAUAUCAACCAACUUAAUUAAGGAUGGAUUUUUAAACCUCUCAAAGAUUGCAUCAUUCUUUUUUAAGAUAGGAAGGUAAGGGAAACCCAGUUUUAAGCUGUCUUUAUCAUCAAAUACUAUUUUAAGAUGAAAUGGAAUAUUAAGUCUAGAAUUGAUUUCCUAGUUUUUAUGUUUUUCUGGGUUAACUUUCUGAAUUAAGGGAGCUAGCUGUAUAACAGGAAAUAGCUGACCACCUUUUAUACAGUCUGCUUAAGAAUCUAACCACAGCCAGUUUCUACUUGCAUUUUAUUGGUGAAGGAAGGAAAUCAGAAAGAACUAUACCCUGAGAGGACCUUUCUUUGGUUUUUGACAACUAGAAAUAAUGUAUUUUCUGAUGUGUCUGUUCUCCUAAGAGCUAUUGGAAGGUUCCCAAUCCUUGGGUCUUGGUCUUGACCAAAGUAAGGAAAGACCGUAUCUAUAUAUAAAGGUAGCUCCAUCUUUGGCUAUAAACAGAAUUUUGCCACCACUCUCCCUGUUUGGUUUAUGGCAUGGUUAACUCAUCAUACAUCUUAAAAGUUCACAGCUCCUCACUUAAAAGAACAGGAUGGUAUGAGAGGUCAGGAUUUUUAAUUUUAUCUUAAAUUUAAUUAUUUUGCUUCAAAGGUUGUCACUGGGGCUCUCGGUGCUUGCACCAUGAAUCCUCUGCUCUUGGCAGCCAUUUUUUUUCCUUUUUCUAUUUCAUUCAAUAGGACAGAGAAAUUGAGAAAGGAGAGGGAGAUAGAUAGGGAGAGAGAAAGGAAGACACCUGGCAGGCCUGCUUCACGGCUUGGGGAGUGUUACUGCUUCAGGUGGGGAGCAGGGGCUCGAACCUGGAUCCUUGCGCAGAGUACUAUUUGUGCUUAACCAAGGUGUGCCACCAUCCAGCCCCAGGCUCUAUUUUUUAAGUUUCUUAUUUUCAGAACAGUGUUUCAGAUUCUUUAUAUCAUCACAGAUUCACAAAUUUAAGUAUUUUGAGAUAACAUUUUACUAAAUGAUACUUUAAAAAAUACACAUUUAUUUCUAAACAUGAAAAACAUUUAAUAUUUAAAAUUUUUAUUUGAGCUAGCUAUUACAGUAACAAGAGUUUUAUUAGAGGUCACAAACACCGAGAUUUUUCAUUUCACAUGUACUUUUAAUACAAAGCAACCUAUUAAAAGGCUCCUUAGUUUAAAUUCUGUCAACUUACUGAACAUUUAGUACUGUGUUCUCAAGUCUACAGAAACCAGAUUAAGUGCUCAUUAACUCCACUUACUACCAAAGCAAACAUCACUUUGUUAAAAUUUCACAUACCUGAAAAUUCCUGGUAAAUUGUAUUUCACAUAGGACAGUGAAAUUAUUAGGUCCUAAUCUCCCCAAAUUAGUGACAUUUCAGUAGGGGUAGAUAGCAUAAUGAUUAUGUAAAGAGACUCAUGCCUGAGGCUCUAAAGUCCCAAAUUCAGUCCUCUGCACCACCCACCACAAGCCAGAGCUGAGCAGUGCUGGGGGGGGGGGGAUUAGUGACAUUAUGAAUUACAUAAAAAAACAUUUUACAUUUCUGUGAAGUGUAGCUGUUGGAAAUGGGUUACACUUUGAAGAAGUGUCAUGACAGCAUGGUUGGUCUUUUAUUUGUCAUGAAGUUGUAAUUUAAAAAUACUUUACCAAUAAAUAUUAAAGCUCUUGCUAACUUGGAUGACCAAGAA